UCUGCCUGAUUCAGCACUGCAAGAACCCCCCAGUUGUGUCUGGAGGCUGGUGGGUGGGGUCCCUGGCCCCAGGCCCCCUCCCUGGCAGCUCCUAGGUCAGGCCUGUGCCUACCCCCAGCUCCUCCAGGCUCACUGAGUAGGGUGUCAGGCCCAGGGGGGGCUCUGUUGGCACCAGGACCUGUGAUGGGUAGGCCUGCCCCGCCUGCGUGUGUUCUGGGCUCUGCUGGUCCUGACCACGGUGCUGCCCACCCCGAAGCCCAGCCCUCGCCAUGGGCUGGGGGCCUCCAAGGUGCUGGCCUGGGCCCAGCACCCCUUGCACCAUGACUGUCACUCCCCACCCCCCUGCAGGUGUCUCCUAGAGGAGACCUCACCUAGUUAGGCAGGAAUUUCAGGUCCCACUCUGUUGAGUGACUCAAAGGUCCACCCCAUAAAAUCUUGAAGGUGGGGUCUCUGCUAUAGGAAGCCCCCCAACCUUCCUGGGUGACCAUGGGAGUUUCUGAGCCUGUGCUGACAGUGCUGGACGCUAGGAGCUGUUGCGGAGCAAGGGGUCCCCUCAGGGGACACUGUACCCCUGGCCUGGGCCUGUCACCUGCCCCUGGCAGUGUGUGCCUGGGACCCCAAGGAAUCUUUGAGACCCAGUGUCUUCCACCGCUUAAGGGACUGUCCCUGGGGAUGCGGGGGGACAGGGAUCCAGGAGGGGGCAGAUGAUUGCAUGCUUUUUUCUAGUUUUUAGCCCUGUUCUGUCCUUUAUAGGGUGCCCUGCUUCUGGGGAGGGGAGAGAUUUGGGUGAUGCUGGGAGGGCAGCCCACGUGGAGGUCAAGGAUUAAAAACCUGGGCAGCAAGUACUACCCCUCGAAACCGUGGGGGAAGAUGGCCCAGCCUUCAGGCUCCCCAGCCUGGCUCUGUAGGUGCUGCCCCUUGGGUGCGGACCCCAGAACCGCGGGACCCGGCCUGCCACGCCUCCUGCAGCUGCCAGGAGACCUUUCCCAUUGGCUGGCAGUCAGCACGCUCCACCUCCAUCACUGCCCCACUGUCAAGACUGCUGAGCCUGCUUGGGGAGACCCCAGGCUGGACCUCAGGGGGAGGAGCCCCGGGACUCAGGGCCCCAGUGGGACCCCUUACCCCCAAUUCUGCUCAGCAUCAAGGUCAACAUUCCGUAGGGUCUCCAGUCCCUGGGAGCAGCCCCUCACCUUGGAGUCUACUGGCUGCCAGGCUCAGCCUGUCCCCUGGGCCCUCUGGGCAGUUGGCGUGGGAGCAGAAUUCGGGGAAUCCCUUGGGGCACAGGCGGGGUGUGGGUGGGCUCAGCAGCUCUGGCCCUUCCUCUGGGGCCCUCACUGACCCUUCCUGCCUGCUGACCUCACCCAGCCCAGCCUGCAGGAGAAUGGGCCCAGUGUGUUCCGUACAGGGCUGUGCCAAGCAGCCCCCAACAAAGGAGCCUUUGGCGUGCCUGGCGCUGGAAUGCCAGCCUGCGGCAGGGGUGAGGGGACGGGCCACUCCACUGCCCUCCUCCCCAUGGCCUCCGCCCCAGCCACACUGCCUGCCCAGCGUUGCCUGUGCGCUGGUCCCGGCUCCAGGCCCUGAUGUUUCCAGCCUGGCUUGUCCCUGUAGCUUGGGGCACAGCCUUCCCAGACCCACUCAGAAAGAUGCAUGGAUGCGGCUUGCAGAUCCACAGCUCCCCUGGGCAGCAGGUGCCCUGCUCCUGAUGGCCGCCCCCAUCAGGAGGGAGCAGGGGGCUCUGGGUGGCUCCCCAGAACAGGCCAUGCAGGCAGCCCCUCUAGGGGCCAGGCGAGAGAAGAUGGGGCAAUGAUGGAGGCUGAGCUGGCCUCUCUGAGCCCCCUGCCCUGUUACAGUGCAGCUGCUCAAGUCCACAGAUCUGGGCCGGCACAGCCUCCUGUACCUGGAGGAGAUUGGCCACGGCUGGUUUGGGAAGACCCCCAGAGCUCUGAGAACAGCCGGGGACCUUAGGGGAGGCAGACACAAAAGACGGAGUAUUACAGCCACGAGGGCUCGCUCUCCCAGGAGCGGUCCAGAACCCAUUUUGCAGAUGAGUAUUCCUUGGGGAGGUGAACUCGGGCAUCAGUAGCACCCAGGUGGUGGUGAAGGAGCUGAAGGUGAGCGCCAGCGUGCAGGAGCAGAUGCAGUUCCUGGAGGAGGCGCAGCCCUACAGGGCCUUGCAGCACAGCAACCUGCUCCAGUGCCUGGCCCAGUGCGCCGAGGUGACGCCCUACCUGCUGGUGAUGGAGUUCUGCCCGAUGGGGGACCUCAAGGGCUACCUGCGGAGCUGUCGGGUGGCAGAGUCCAUGGCGCCCGACCCUCUGACCCUGCAGCGCAUGGCCUGUGAGGUGGCCUGUGGCGUCCUGCACCUGCAUCGCAACAACUACGUGCACAGUGACCUGGCUCUGAGGAACUGCCUGCUCACAGCCGACCUGACGGUGAAGAUCGGCGACUAUGGCCUGUCUCACGGCAAAUACAGGGAGGACUACUUUGUGACGGCUGACCAGCUGUGGGUGCCACUGCGCUGGAUCGCGCCUGAGCUGGUGGACGAGGUGCACUGCAACCUGCUGGUGGUGGACCAGACCAAGGCCAGCAACGUGUGGUCCCUGGGCGUGACCAUCUGGGAGCUCUUCGAGCUGGGAGCGCAGCCCUAUCCGCACCACUCCGACCGGCAGGUGCUGGCCUAUGCGGUCCGGGAGCAGCAGCUCAAGCUGCCCAAGCCCCAGCUGCAGCUGACCCUCUCUGACCGCUGGUAUGAGGUGAUGCAGUUCUGCUGGCUUCAGCCUGAGCAGCGGCCGACGGCCGAGGAGGUGCACCUGCUGCUGUCCUACCUGUGUGCCAAGGGUGCCACCGAGGCAGAGGAGGAGUUUGAGCGGCGCUGGCGCUCACUGCGGCCUGUGGGGGGCAGCGUGGGCCCCGGGCUGGGGGCGGCAGGCAUGGCACUGGGGGGCAUGGGCGAGCUUGCGGCCACCUCAUCCUUCCCACUGCUGGAGCAGUUUGCUGGCGACAGCUUCCACACGGAUGGUGAUGACGUGCUGACGGUGACUGAGACGAGCCGUGGCCUCAACUUCGAGUACAAGUGGGAAGCCGGCCGCGGCUCCGAUGCCUUCCCGCCACCUGAGGGCGCACUGAGCCCGGGCCGAGACGCGCGUCUGCAGGAGCUCUGCGUCCCUGACGGUGCUCCCCCAGGCGUGGUGCCGGUGCUCAGCGCUCACAGCCCCUCGGUGGGCAGCGAGUACUUCAUCCGCCUGGAAGACCCCGCGCCUGCCGCAGGCCACGACCCCGACUGUGCCGGCUGUGCCCCCAGCACCCUCGCUGCCACCCUGCGCCCCGACGGCAGUGACCAUGAUGACGACUCUGACGGCAGCACGGCCGCCUCGCUGGUCAUGGAGCCACUGCUGGGCCACGCGCCGCCCGCUGAUGGCCCCUGGGGCCACUGCGACUACCACCUAUGCAGGAGCCAUGCCCGUGACCUGCCUUGCACCUCACGCUCACCCCCCCCGGAGACCCCGAUGCUGGCGGAGCCCAGAGCAGAGGAUAUUGACUGGGGCGUGGGGGCAUUCUGCCCGCCCUUCUUUGAGGACCCGCUGGGCACAUCCCCCUCCGCGAGCUCCAGGGCCCAACCAUCCCCAGGUGGGGAAGAGCUGGGAGAGGCUGGGAUGCCCAGGACUGCCCAGCACAGACACUGGAGCUCCAAUGUAUCUGCAAACAACAACAGCAGCAACCGAGCACCAGAAUUCUGGGUCCCGGGCUUCUCAGGUUUCACGGACUGCUGCCCUGGUGUGAAGCAGGCCCUACAGACCGUCCCUGAGCUGGGCCAUCCUCUGAUCCCAGAGGACCUCAGAGAGCCUCUCCUUGGGCCAAAGGGGGCCUCCUCUGGUAAGGAGAUGGGCCGCUGCCUUGGCCUCCCCCAUCUGUAUCCUGCUGAGGGCCUGACACCUGCCCCGUGCCUGGUCACAUCCCCGUGGACAGAGGCAGCCAGAAGUGGUGGUGACAGCCCCCAGGCAGAGCCCAGGCUUGCAGAGGAGGCCGAGGGCUCUGCUGGACUCCAGCUGCCCCUUCCCUCCAUCCCAUCCCCAUCCCAAGAGGGAGCCCUGCUUCCUGCCGAGGAGGCCAGCACCCCGCCCACCCUGCCUGCUUCACCCACGCCCACUGGCAGCCCACAGCCUGCCACUGAGCCAGUCCAGGCCCUGGACAGCGACAGUGGCAGCAGCUCCCCUGAGCUGGAGGCACCAGGCAGUGAAGACGAAGACACGACUGAGGCCACUUCUGGUGUCUUCACUGACUUGUCCAGCGACGGCCCGCAGGCUGAGAAACCAGAUGUGACACCAGCCUUCCGCUCCCUACAGAAGCAGGUGGGGACCCCCGACUCCUUGGACUCCCUGGACAUCCCAUCCUCAGCCAGUGAUGGCGGCUCUGAGGUCUUCAGCCCAUUAGCUGUUGGCCCCCCUGGCGGGCAGCCCCGAGCCCUGGACAGCGGCUAUGACACAGAGAACUAUGAGUCCCCUGAGUUUGUACUCAAGGAGGCCCAUGAGCCCUGUGAGCCUGAGGCCUUGGAGGAGCUGGCCUCAGAGGGUGAGAGCCCCGGGCCAGAGACUCGUCUCUCCGCCUCCCUGGGUGGCCUCAGCGAGAAGAAUCCUUACCGCGACUCUGCCUACUUCUCAGACCUGGACACGGAGCCAGAGCCCCCCUUGGGCCCCAAGGAGAAGCAAGGAGGUGUCCCAGUCCCCGGGCCAGAGCCCGAUCUGGAGAGCCUGAAGAGCCCCAGGCUGCCGUCUGCACUGCCCUCCCCUGAGUUGGGGAUGCUUGGGGAGGCACAGGGCUCUGGCCCCAGGGAGGUGCCGCCACUGCCACUGCUUGAGGACUCUUCCCCAGAGCCAAGCGCCUGCCCCAGGGGCCCCAGGCUGGAGCCUCCCUGGCCCCAAGACCCAGCCCAGGUGCCACCCAUGCCCAGCCCCGGGCACUCUAAGAUUUUCCUGCUGACUCCGGUCCGGCCCAGCUCAGAAGGCCACCGCCCCGAGCUCCAGGAGACCCUGGGACUGCUGUCAGGGUCGGGCCUGCAGGAACGGACAGGGGGUCCAGGUGCCCCCAGAACCCCACUCUGCCUGGCCCUGCCGGCAGUCCCCGCGGCUCCAGAGGGGCGGCCGGAGGAGGAAGAGGACGACAGCGAAGACAGUGACGAGUCGGACGAGGAGCUCCGCUGCUACAGCAUCCAGGAGCCGAGCGAGGAGAGCGAGGAGGAGGCGCCGCCUGUGCCAGUGGUGGUGGCGGAGAGCCAGAGUGCGCGCAACCUGCGCAGCCUGCUUAAGAUGCCCAGCCUCCUGUCUGAGGCCUUCUGCGAGGACCUGGAGCGCAAGAAGAAAGCCGUGUCCUUCUUCGACGACGUCACCGUCUACCUCUUCGACCAGGAAAGCCCCACCCGGGAGCUCGGGGAGCCCUUCCCUGGCGCCAAGGAGUCGUCCCCCACGUUCCCGGUGGGCAGCCCGGGCUCCCCCAGCACCCCCGGCCGGCCUCGGCGGGCUGACCGCUCCCCCGACGGCCCCGCGGCCGAAGAGGGCGGAGGGUUCGAGUGGGACGAUGGCCUCCCGCCGACGCCGGCCCAGGAGCCUGCCCCGUGCGUCCCCGCUGCGCCCGCCAAGCCCAGCCCCUUCUCUCGCUUCACUGUCUCACCAGCGCCUGCGUCCCGCUUCUCCAUCACACACGUCACCGACUCGGACUCCGGGUCCGUGGGAGGCACCAGGCUGGACACUGAGUGCCCCCCACCCUGCUCUCUGACCUGCAGCAGCCUCUCCUGCCAGAACCUUCCCAGCCCCUGCUGGUCUGCCUCAUCCACCAGCCCCCCAUCUCAGAUCUAAUGGCUUGUCCAGAGAUGGUGGUGGUGGCUCAGGUGCCCACGUGGGGCCCUACUCAGGGGCCUUAGCUCACUCCUCCCUCCAAGCUCUACUCCUGUCAACCUCAGACCAGGUGGGCUCAUACCUGCCCAGUUGCCACCACCCCAUUCUACUAGGCUUCCCUGAAAGCUCACCUCCACUAAGAUGCCCCUACUUAUCUUGUUCCCCUGGCAGACCCAGCCCCUCCCUUGCGGCCCUUGGCAUGUGGCUGCAGCCUCUAGGGAAGGAUGUGCUGGUCUGUUUGUGUCACACAGUGUGCCCUUAAUGGAUAUCUGAACAAGCAAGCAGGUCACCAGGAGGCGAGUGUGUGACCCUGGCCAGCCCAGUCCUGCUCGGGUCUCAGUUUUCCCACCUGUAAAAAGAGGACUCAGAGGGCUGACGUUGAGCUUUGUUGGGCCCGAUCCCUGGUGAUGUGGCGGGAAGGAUAAUCGUCUGGCUCCUACCUAGAUAGGCAGGCAGGCAGGCCUGCUGCAGCCCCAGCUGCUCAGUGGCCCGUAAGCCAGGGAUUGAGGCCAGGUGAAAGCCCUGGGCGAGGGGACUCUGGCUGUCCUUGGAGGGGAGGGUGCUCUCAGGAGUCCCUGUGGCCCCAGUGUCUCCCUAAACAUGUUUGCCAGGUCCUACAGCAGGUGCUGGGGGCAGCUGUAAAGAGGCCUGAGCCCCAGGCAGCCCCUGCUUGGAUCCCCUGCCGGUUCUCUCCCCGGCAGCAGCGAGGAUGGUGACCAAGAGUGGUGGGGACUUUCAUCUUGGCAGUGGUCAGCAGCAGCUUCCAAGCGCUUCGGUGCCCCAUGCAGCACCCUGGAGGAGCAGGGCAGGCGCUGGACAUAAGAGCAUCUGUGCACACCAGCCCUGUGCUGCCCUGGGGGCAGGAUUUGUCCUGGACACUUGGGUUUGCUGCUAGGCCCUAGGGAUGCCCUACAGCCGCCCCUCACCCUGAAGCUGCCCCCUCCCCCCCGGCCCCCUGCUGUCAAGACUGCUUGGCCUCUGAGGCCAGGGGCCCUCGCACGCCCUGCC